UGGUGAAGACUGGAAGGCAGGAGACAUGUACAAGAUGGGGGGAGUGGGUUUUGGAGGACUCUGAUGUUAAAGGGAGGGGGUGUUCUGGGGACUCUGAUGGGGGCAGAGAAUGGGAGGUCACCAAUGCCGUGUCCAGGGGUCAGCAGGGCAGAGCACAGGGGUCAGCAGGGCAGAGCACAAUGGGUCAGAACUGAGGAUAGGAGACAGCAGAGCUGAGGACAGGGGUCAGCAAGGAGGAGGACAGAGGUCACUGCUGGCAGGCAUUGGACAGGGGUCACUGCUGGCAGGGCAGAUGAAAGGGGUCACUCCUGGCAGGGCAGAGAACAGGGGUCACUCCUGGCAGGGCAGAGAACAGGGGUCACUCCUGGCAGGGCAGAGAACAGAGAACAGGGGUCACUCCUGGCAGGGCAGAGAACAGGGGUCACUCCUG